GCUUAUCUUAUCUUAGCGCGAAAUUCGCUUUGCGCACACACAAUUUGAGCCUCGCAGCAGAACCUCCGCCGCAGCAGAGGCGGAAGAUUUAAUUAGAAGACCGACCCCAGAGUGCCACUUCUCCCCCACGGCCAGGACGCGAUCAACCCGAGAGACCGUUCGACCUACUUCCCAUCAUGGCUGACACUGAUUCCUUCCUUCACCUCGCUCGCCCUCUGGGCCCCGUGGCAGUGGGGACUGCACCGACUACCGCCCCUCUGAACGUUGUCAUCCAGCCCCAGGCCCUCUUCUCGAUCUUGGACCACUCCCUCCGUCGCAACGCCGACCAGGAGCGUGUCAUCGGUACUCUGCUGGGAACCAGGUCCGAGGAUGGCACCGAGGUGGAAAUCCGCAGCACCUUCGCUGUCGGACACACGGAGACGACAGACCAGGUUGAGGUGGACAUGGAAUACCAGAAGCAGAUGCUGGCCCUGCACCUGAAGGCCAACCCCAAGGAAGUGCUCGUCGGUUGGUACGCCACGGCGUCCGAGCUGAACACCUUUUCCGCCUUGAUCCAGAACUUCUACAGCGGCCAGGGCGAUGGCACAUGGCCUCACCCCGCCGUUCACUUGACCGUGUCCACCGAGGCUGGAAAGGAUAUCGAGACCCGCGCCUACAUCUCCGCCCCCGUCGGUGUGACCGCCGAGAGAGCCGCGGACAGCGCCGCCUUCAUCCCCGUUCCCUACGAGAUCCGUUACGGCGAGGCCGAGAAGAGCGGUCUGGAGGCGAUUGCUUCGGCCCGGGAUGCUGAGGAGCGUGCCGCCAACAUCUUCACCGACAUCGAGGCUCUGGAGCGUGCGAUCGAGGAUGUGCUGGGCAUGAUUGACCGGGUUUCCCGCUAUGUCGAGUCGGUCAUUGAUGAGGAGGCGCCUGCUUCGACGGCCAUGGGCCAGUUCCUGCUUAACACCCUGGCCCUGGCGCCCAAGGUGGAGCCUGCUGAUAUCGAGCGUGAUUUCAACAACCACAUCCAGGACGUUCUGGUCGUGUCGUACCUGGCCAACACCAUCCGGACACAGAUGGAGCUGUCCAACCGUCUAGCCACCGCCCAGCUGACUCUGGGAGGCGAGUCCGGCAACGCCGAGUCGGGAGGUCAGCGUGGUGGCCAACGGGGCGGCAAAGGAGGCCGGGGCGGGCAACAGCGCCAAGAGCGCAGUGGAGAGGAGGCUCGCGCGUAAGAGUGAUAUAGGGUUAUUAUAACGAAACCUUUCCAUUCUUCUUUAACAUUAUUCAUUGUGCAAUUUUUUUUUCUCUUUCAUAUUCCUUCUCUGUUUAUUUGAAAGCACCAUUUACCCCUUGUCUUGGGAUAUGUCCAAUGCCCUGUUAUCAGCCACGGUCACUUGAUCUAUAUUUCGGUCUGGCAUGGCGGCACUGCAUCCGCAAAAGGAACAAAAAGAAAUCCUGGGUGAACAGAGAUAACUGAAAACGAACUAUCCGGAACGGAAUGGAAAAGGAAAGAAAAGAAGCACGGCGUAUGGGAGUCCGUCUGGCUUUGUUCAGAGUGUGCUUGGAAAUGGAAAA